AUACCUUCGUUCGUCCCCCGCCCUCACUACUCGGCGCUCCCUAUUCAUCUGUCUAGAAAUCCCUGUCUUCUCUCCUAACAGCUGUAGCCCACCCCAGCCAGCUACAGCUGGUCAAUCAUCUAUAAUCAUGGCUGCGCCAGUCACCCGUAUGCCACUCGCCAGGCUGCCCGCUCUCCCCGCCGCCUCAACUCCCGAGCAACGCUACUGGGGAACAUUCAAGUCGCACCUUCUAAUUCAAGAAUACGGAGCAAUCAAAUCUAUCAAUUUCUCCCCGGUUUCCCCCCAUGAUUUCGCUGUCACCGCCUCUACCCUCGUCAAGGUGUAUUCAUCGAAAACCCGAGUAGUGUCAAAGACAAUAUCGAGAUUCCAGGCACCUGCGCAAUCCGGAAGCUUUCGCUCUGACGGAAGAGUUUUGGUUGCCGCUGAUGACAGUGGACUGAUUCAAGUUUUUGACAUUGGCUCGAGAGCUGUCAUCAAGACAUGGGAUGAGCACAUGGGGAACACCGUUAGUGUUACAAAAUUUUCCCCGACAAUUGUGACCCAAGUACUGUCUGCCUCUGAUGACAAGACAGUUCGUCUCUGGGACUUGACCUCAUCGAAGUCGACUCACAAAUUUAUCGGAAACCAAGACUACGUCCGGGCUGCCUCUUUUGUUCCUGGUUCUCCCUAUUCGGUUGUGUCUGGAGGUUAUGAUAGGACGGUUAGAUUGUGGGAUUCCAGGUCCGUCGGUGACCAUUGUAGCAUGGAAUUCAAUGCUCCAGCUCCUGUCGACGCAUUGUUGGUUUUACCAGGCGGAACAACCAUUCUGGCCUCCAGUGGGCCAACUGUUCAUGUAUGGGAUAUAAUUGCAGCGAAGCGUGUUGCUGUCCUCCACAACCAUCAGAAGAGUAUUACUUCGUUGGCACUGUCCACCGGGCCGCGGCAAGGCGGGAGGAGAGUCUUGACCGGUGCACUUGACCGCCAUGUGAAGGUUUACGAUCCUACCACUUGGAAGGUUGUCCAUGGUGUCAAGUAUCCCGCGCCGAUUCUCGCAAUUGGUAUCUCCCCCGAUGAAAAGCAUUUGGCAGUUGGCAUGUCCAAUGGGCUGUUCAGUGUGCGUACCCGUAGAAGCGGCAAGGAGAAGGAGAAGGCCAAAGAAAAGGAGAGGGUCUUGGACAUGAUUGCUGCUGGGAUUGACCCCAUUACCGGCACGGGCGGCCCCAAGUCAAAGAGCAGUGCGCAGAGGAGACGUACCAAGGGAAUGGAUUACAAGGGGGAAGGAGCGGAUAUAGUUGUGGAACAAGAGACCCGAAGGAGGAAAGAGAGGCCCUGGGAACACCACCUCCGUAAAGGUAAUUACGGCGGUGCCUUGGACUCUGCUCUUAUGUCGGGCCAACCCCAUAUCACCGUCUUCACAAUUCUCGGGGAGCUCCGCUAUCGCAAUGCCAUCAAUGCAGCACUAGCCAAUCGCGACGAAAAUACCCUCAGUCCUAUUCUAAAAUGGUUGAUCAAGCAUCUCCCUGACAUCCAGUACGUUUCGACAAUUGUAGAAGUUUCUCUGUUAAUCCUUGAUAUGUACUCUCACGACCUGGGGAAGUCUCCAGAAUUCGAUAAACUUAUUAGAAGGCUUCAUCUCCGCGUCAAACAGGAAGUGGAGAACUCAAAACAAUCAAGCCUGGUUGUGGGGAUGUUGGACAUGUUGCUAGUAGGGAGUGCUUCCGGUUAAUCCCUUUGUAUUGUAAACUAUUUUUCUUCUAUAUACCUCCACAAAAGUAAUUGGGCUAGACCUUUUUUUCCUUUCUUU